AUGGAUGGAUGGAUCACCGUCUUGCCAUCUCCAAAACGAGUCUUCGACUCCAACUUCACAGGAGACCGUAAGAUAAGCCACCAUAAACAAGCUCGACACGGUGACGUUGAGUGUGUCCACGCACUACAUAGGUUUCAGCAACCAGUUAGUCCAGCGCCAGGCUGAGCUGCAGGCUCCGGACGACAACGCCACGAUGGAGACAAUGUGGCGUCCACUGCGUAACGUAAUUCAUUCCAGCGCUAUGAAUCUUCUGGGUCGCGUACGCCGCCAGCGCCAGGAGUGGUUUGACGACGUCGCAGAAAUAGCGGACCUACUCGUUGGGAAGAAUGGACUGCACAACUCCUCCGUCAACAACGCGUCCUCUCUGAGAUGUCGCUACCUGGUGCGGCAAUAGCUGUGGGAGACGCAAACUAAACGGAUGGGUCGCAAGGCCGAUAAAAUCCCAGGAUAUACGGACCACGAUGAUAUGAAGAAUUUCCUCACGUCAAUUGAGACGAUCUACGACUCACAACCAAAACAACUGCGUCAUUGUUAAACGUCGACAAAACAACAUUUCUCAACGGGAAAUUGGAAAGUCUGAAGAGCUGGACCAGAUAUUUCAGAAAGGUCCUCAAUCGGCCGUCCACAACCCCCGUCGUCGCCAUCAACAGACUCUCUGCCUUCAGCCAAACACUGGCCGGGAUAUUGCGCCUUCCCUUCCGCUAGACGUCCAAAGCACGAAAAUCCGAUCCAAUUCCGACUGCAGUCUACAUGCGCGGCAGCCCCCAGCUUAUGAGCAAAUUGACUUCGCCGUUCAAUAAAGUACAACGAUAAAGACAGGUUCCUUAAGACUUCAAAGACGCGAUCAUAGCCCACAUAUACAAGCAGAAGGUAGCCGAUAAUUCCGUGACUGGAACCCGCUCUUAUACAGUUGUACUGGCCUGAGAAGAAUUUAUCGAAAGCAAUGUACGCUCACCAACUUGUUUUCUGAACUCUGUGAAAAUCAGAGAGACAUCUCAAAAAUCAACAUAUCAAGCGGACUCUUCGCUAGCGUUCUCCUCAACCAUUUGAACACACACCUAAUUUAGGGACUUUUCCCGGAAAACUAGUGUGGAUUUCGCAGGAGCCGCCGAGCCGUCAACGUGAUAAUCGCAGUCCACCAACCACAGGGGUAGUAUCGAAAGAUAGGGACCGACUUCCUCACAAUUUUGGCGAUGUAGCGAAAAACUACGGCACUGUGAACCGCGAUGGACUCGGAAAAUAAUGUUAAAUUUAAAUGUCCGCGCAUUUCACACGAAUAGUGUGCACUCUUAACGAGGGGGUAAUGGCUAGCGUCACGGACAACGGAGAAUCCCUGUAGCGUUCGCAAUGACCAAUGCAGUAAAGCAGCACCACCUACUCGCUUCACCCCAUUCAGUCUCAUGCUCUCCGCCAUGCAGAUGGACGACCAGAGUGAGGAGUGGUUGAGGAUCGACAUCGACUGCCGAACCGAUGCAAAACUGCUCAAUACUAGUCGGCUUAAGGCGUCCUCGAUGGCAUUCAAGCCCAACGUCCACGGAUGGCCGUCUUAAAUAUCACAAAGGAAGAGAAAAUGCAGUGGAGUGUUGACCUCUUUGCUUCCGGUUGCUUUAACUCCGGACUGAUCGUGAACACGUAGGAGGUGGUGGUCAAAAACCAGUCGGUGUCCAAAGCGGAGUAUGAUGGACUGAACAUGCAUCAAUUAAAUGUUUCACACACCUCAGAAGUACAAUUUCAAGGAACGUCAAGACCGACAACCAAAUGCCUCACCUGGUCUUCAAAGUCCGCCAGCCCUUCAACUGGCUGUUGGACACAGUCUGGAACCACACCAGAUUUCAGCUCUGCACAAAACUCUCGAUGUACUAGGUGGUAGUCCUGAAGACGCGGCUCUAAAGCGCAAGGACGUGAACAGUCUACGUCAAACAAGCCACACAACUCAAUCGUUUCCAUCACAGUUGUGUCUGGAGAUUACUGAAACUGAGACGGCAAAGCAGAUUCCCCUUCACGGAAGUCCUGGAACGGACUGGAGCCCUCGGCGUGCACGCCACGUUGAGGCAAAUCCAGCUACCAUGAAAUGACUACGUCGUGAUGAUGGACGACGAGUGUCAACCCGAGCGAAUCUUCUCCGGCAAAGCCGAAAUUGGUGUUCGUCAACAUGAAGGGCAGAACGAAAAUUACAAGGGCUCCCUGAAAAUGUAUCUCCCGAAUUUACACACAAACCUGGAGACCUCGGAGGACCUCGCUCACGAUCGACCCGCAUGAAGAAAAGCAGUGAAUACAGAAGCAAACCGGAUUGCCGCUGCAAAAGAGUGGUUCGCAGUUCUCAAACGUCUCCUACCCACAAUGCCAAACCAAACAUCUUACAACAAGCCCUACACAGCCAACGAAAAUUCCGAAUACUGGUCAGCCUCUUCAGACAUCUCCGAAUAGAAUGCAACAUCAACCCGAUUACUCCUCCUGCUUCAUCACAAACACCGCAGUUAUUCCUGUGCCAAUCUCCACGACAGCAACCACCACCACCACCACUGGCGAUUACAUCUUUGUCUCGCUGCUGCCGACGUCUUAAACCAGCUUCGUGGUCGACUUAGGUAAAACUCUGCUUCUGAAGAGGGUGUCUGAACGUGUCCGCGAACAGAGAGCGAUACGUGAUGCAGCGUUGGAGAACAAAUUUAGAAAGCUUCCCAAUCCAGCGUCGCCCAAAAACGACAAACUGGUGCACAACCUGUCGUCAAAGGAGCUGACGAAAGAGCAAAUGCAGGUGUUACGGCACGAAGCUUCAUUGAGCACAGCUGAUGCCAAACCUGUUAAUGUGGUCGCAGCGGUGGAAUCAGUCCUCAGUCAGACAGAAGCGAUGGACGAGGCCAAGAACCUUAUCCGGCACCAAGUAUCGUCUCUCCUUAUGGCUCACAGGCCGCGCGAAGUGCUUUCCAAUGUCGAACGUACUACCCUUAAGGGACUCAAGGCCGAUAAAGAACUUGUUAUCGUGCCUGCGGACAAGGGGCGUUCCACGGUUGUUUUCGACAGGACCGACCACCUUCAGAAGGCCAAACGUUUACUGGAGGACCAACAGUCCUAUGUCUUUUGUGCAACCAACCCGGUAAAAACACUGACACGAGGAAUCAAUGCGACGCUGUUGGCAUUGGAAAACUCGAGAGCAAUAUCACCGACUGACCGACACAUGGCGGGAGCCCAGGACACGGCCUUGGCCCGCCUCUCUGGACUUCUUAAGGUGCACAAAGUGGGUGUACCCUCCGGCCCAUCGUUUCACUCAAAGGUACUCCAACUUACGGACUGGCAGGGUGGUUGUUUCGGCGUCUCAAAUUUCUGACGCAAACUCAGACACUACAGUCAGUUCGUCAACAGAAGUCUUGGAGAAACUCAAGCGACGUCAUGUAAUCCUUUGAUGUCACGUCCCUUUUUACUUCUAUCCCACGGGACCUGGCAGUCGAGACCAUGGAACUACUCCUACGAGAGAAAUACGAUAAACGGAGAAUCACCUUGGACACGCCCAAAUCAUCCAACUUCUGCAAUUUUGUCUCAAGACGUACUUUACAUUCGACGGAACAGUCUACGAGCAGGUGAAGGGCACGCCAAUGGGUUCGCCGAUUUCGGGACUCAUAGCCGAGGCGGUCCUACAGCAGUUGGAGUCGCUGGUUUUCCGACAUCACAGACCGAAAUUCUGGGCUCGGUAUAAGGACGAUACUUUCGUCAUCAUCGAACGGGAUCGGGUGAUGGAAUUCAAAGAACAUCUCAACGCCAUCUUCUCGGACAUCCAAUUUACGAUGGAGGAAGAGGAGAACAACCAGCUGGCCUUUCUUGAUGUCCUCGUCUGCCGCAAGGAUUGUAGUGGCCUAAAAACCAAAGUAUUCAGGAAGGCGACAAACACGACGCAAGUACUGAUCUGCAACAGCAACCACCCAAUCAGUUACAAACGCAGUUGCAUAAGGACACUAUCCCAGCGUGUGGAGACACACUGCAGUGAACCGGAAGACAAGGUUGCUGAAUUACAAUAA